AUGCAAUCUGAAGGAACGAGUGAAAAAGCACCAAUUGCACCAAUGCAAAUGUCACAAUCGGCAAUUGAACGAGAUUAUGCACCAAGUAGUGGUGCAAGAAAAAUAAGAACGAUACUUUUUGUUUUGCUAGCGAUUCAUAUGGCUUUGGCUUGGGUUUAUUUUAUUGAACAAAUUAUUGGUCUAAUUCAAUAUUAUAAUGUGCCCAAGGAUAUUCGUGAUUAUAAUGCAGCUUUUUCAUAUAUCAGCAAUGUAGUUUUUGGUGCAAUUUUGAUACUAUAUUUAGCUGUUUACAUAUUUGCUGUGUUUAAAUAUGCUCGAAUUCCCAUUCUUAUUGCUGUCAAUGUUACAUUUGAUAAUAUUCAUGAAGCACAAGCAUCAAUAAGAAAUGGACGGUAA